CCAGAAAAUCCAAUAGUUAUUCCAUGGAUCGUGGAGGCCCUUCCAAGGAUGGCGGAGAAGUGGCGUCCGAAGUGAAAUACCGCGGUGUUCGGAGGCGGCCAUCAGGCAAGUUUGCUGCAGAGAUUCGUGACAUUAAUAGGAACGGUACAAGGGUAUGGCUAGGGACAUUCGGAACCGCAGAGGAGGCAGCUAGAGCUUACGACCGUGCCGCCUAUGAAAUGAGAGGCCACAUGGCUGUUCUUAAUUUUCCUGCGGAAUACCCACCUACAUUUUCGGCAUCGGCUUAUAAUGCUUCAGCCACCACAGCCACGUCAACCGGAGCGGAGUCUUCUUCAGCGGAGUCUUCUUCUAGCCGUAAUGUGCAAGGAAGAGAAGUGUUCGAAAUCGAAUACCUUGAUGAUAAGGUGUUAGAGGAUCUUCUUGAUUACAAUGGCAAGAAAGGCAAAAAGUGAUAUCUCUAAUAUCUACUCUAUACCAUAUGUAGCGUAGUUCUUCUAUAUAUAAAUAAAACUAGUGGGGUGCCCGUAUA